GUUCCGUCUUCGGUAAAUCUAUUCGUUGGGAAAAUUUCACGGGGUGUCGCGCAAGGAGGAGCGUCGGAACCCGGUGAACGAUGGAGAACGUUAGAACACGGUCUUGAAUGUCACGAUCGACGUGUUUCGCCGUAGGUGACAACGGGAACAUCCCCUCGAGUACACGGCUCUUCUUUCGGUUAAACCCCAAGUCUCCGAGGGGUGAAAGCUUCAUGAAUUAGUGAUUCUCCGUUCAAGGCGAUCAGUGAUCAACGAUGGCUGUGAUUCACGCGAACAAAGUACGAUUUUUAUCGUCGUGCUGUUGGGGUGUGUCCUAGGGGAAAGGAAACGUGGGAAGAGCUAAGGGCUGUUUAUAUAGAACGGAAGAAUUUCACGUGCUACGCGAUGUUGAUGCUUCUGAUAGUUUUAACGUUGACGAACGAGAUCGAGGGUUCGUCAACUUCGGACGACGCCGAUAAUGUGUUGCAUAUCGGUGGUAUUUUCCCGAUAGCAGGAGAGGGUGGGUGGCAGGGUGGCCAGGCUUGCAUGCCAGCUGUAAACCUGGCCCUGGAUGACGUUAAUCGUGAAAAGAAUCUACUACCGGGGUUUAUAUUGAAACUCCACUCGAAUGACAGUGAGUGCGAGCCAGGACUCGGUGCCUCGGUGAUGUACAAUUUGCUGUACAACAACCCCCAUAAAUUGAUGCUUUUAGCAGGAUGCAGCACCGUUUGUACGACCGUUGCCGAGGCGGCGAAGAUGUGGCACUUGGUAGUGUUGUGUUAUGGCGCAUCAUCACCAGCGUUGUCCGAUCGAAAUAGAUUCCCUACACUGUUUAGAACUCAUCCAUCAGCCACGGUGCACAAUCCAACGAGAAUUAAAUUGUUACAAAAAUUCGGUUGGUCUCGAGUGGCGAUUUUGCAGCAAGCCGAAGAAGUGUUCAUAUCUACUGUAGAAGAUUUAGAAGCCCGUUGCAAGGAGGCAGGAAUAGAAAUAGUCACCCGUCAGAGUUUUCUCUCGGACCCAUCGGACGCGGUGAGGAACCUUCGUCGCCAGGACGCCAGGAUCAUCGUCGGUUUAUUCUACGUGGUGGCCGCGAGAAGGGUCCUCUGCGAGUUGUAUCAUCAAAAUCUUUACGGUAAAAGUUACGUGUGGUUCUUCAUCGGCUGGUACGAGGACAACUGGUUCGAAGUGAACUUGGACAAGGAGGGAAUUACUUGCACGAAGGAUCAAAUGAGGCUCGCGGCCGAGGGACAUUUAACAACGGAGGCGUUAAUGUGGAACCAAAAUAACGACACGACGAUUAGCGGAAUGACGUCCGAAGAUUUUAGACAGAGAUUAAAUAAAAUGCUGAAGGAGGACGGUUAUGAUAUCGAUAACAAUCGGUAUCCGGAAGGAUAUCAGGAGGCCCCUCUGGCUUACGACGCGGUUUGGUCUGUGGCAUUAGCUUUCAAUAAAACGAUGGAGAAGCUGACCAAGCAGGGAAAGAGCUUGAAGAACUUCACCUACGAAAACAAGGAGAUAGCCGACGAAAUUUAUUCUGCUAUUAAUUCCACUCAGUUUCUAGGAGUAUCUGGAUACGUUGCGUUCAGCUCGCAAGGUGACAGAAUCGCAUUGACCCAAAUCGAGCAAGUGAUCGAUGGAAAGUACGUUAAGUUAGGAUAUUACGAUACGCAGAGCGACAAUCUUACUUGGAGGAACAUGGAACGAUGGAUCGGUGGCAAAGUACCGCAAGAUAGGACCAUUGUAAGGACUGUCCUAAGAACCGUCUCGUUACCUUUGUUCAUUUGCAUGGGUACCAUUUCGUCUGUAGGGAUGGUAAUAGCGGUUGGCCUAAUUAUUUUUAACAUUUGGAAUAGACACAGAAGAGUGAUCACGUCGUCUCAUCCUGUGUGCAACACUAUAAUGCUGCUGGGAGUGAUAGCGUGUUUCGUAUCGGUAUUUCUUCUGGGUAUCGACGGUAGAUUCGUGUCACCGUGGGAGUAUCCGGCUGUUUGUCAAGCCAGAUCUUGGAUGCUGACGACGGGUUUCACUUUAGCGUUUGGCGCGAUGUUCAGCAAAGUGUGGCGGGUUCACAGGUUAACGACUAAAACGAAAGCCGAUCAGGCGAAGUUGUUCAUGGCUAAACAAAAAGUUUCGUCCAUACAGAAGAAGAUUCAACCGUGGAAGCUGUACACGAUGGUGAGCGGACUGCUGGUAUUGGAUAUCGUUCUAUUGGUUUCCUGGCAGGUGCUCGAUCCAUUGCAAAGGAAGAUGGAAACGUUUCCGCUGGAAUCGCCGCCGUAUGGCGACGAUGAUGCGAGAAUUAGACCAGAACUGGAGCACUGCGAAAGCGCGCACAAUAACAUUUGGUUGGGUUUGAUGUACAGUUACAAAGGGGUGAUACUGGUGUUUGGACUGUUUCUGGCUUACGAGACGAGGAGCAUCAAAGUGAAACAGAUCAACGAUUCCAGAUACGUAGGGAUGUCGAUAUACAACGUGGUUGUCCUCUGUUUGAUCACAGCUCCCGUGACGAUGGUGAUCGCCAGUCAGCAGGACGCCAGCUUUGCUUUCGUCGCUCUUGCUAUCAUCUUCUGCUGCUUCUUGAGCAUGGCCCUGAUUUUCGUACCGAAAGUGAUCGAAGUAAUUAGGCACCCUAAGGACAAGGCUGAAUCUAAGUACAAUCCGGAUGUAGGUAUGUCGAAGGAGGACGAGGAAAGGUAUCAGAAGCUUCUCCGCGAGAACGAUGAACUUCAGAAACUCAUCGCUGCGAAGGAAGAAAAGAUCAAGGUAUUGAAACAGAUGCUGGCGAAACGAGACAAAGGUGACACCGGAAACGUGCCGAAGGACUCGCUGAUUGUCGCUGAUUUUGUUACCGGCGAAGGAACCUCGGACAGCGCAAUCGGUGGGGGUAUUUCUGUUUAUACACAAUCAUCUCGAGCUUCUGCUUCUGACUUUGAAUUCUCAGGAUCGUACUUGUAGAUCCCACGCUCAUUGAUCCCUUUCAAUGUUUUAAGAAUAUGGGACCUAAUAACUAUACCAAUUCUUUUCUAACAUGAGCAUAUUUAAUUUUCACAUUUUUCUAAAGCUUCAUAGAAUUUCCUUAGUAAUCUUCUAUUUGUGUAUUAUCACAGGGAAUAUGAUUCGGCUAGAAUGCAUCGAAAUUUCGAUAAUUCGAGGGAUUUUGAUUUUUAUGUUACGUAGAUCGUACGACACGCUUGUCCUUUACCGGAAACGGCGUUCUCUGUGUUUAUGUAUUCGGUGUCUAAACGUAUCGAUGUUGAAUAUAUACGUGUAUACCGUCGAAGUAAUACGUGUGCGUAUGCGUAGAAAAGAUCGUGCAAGUUAAACGGUGUGAUUUAGUAAGAAAGGAAAAAACGUUCUCGAUGCAAAGGAAUUUACGUGGACGGUACAGUGAUACGUAUCAAAAAUUCAAAGAACAAAAAUAGAAGUUGGCCUACAAAUGUCGCAGGGCGAUCUCGUUUACAACGACCUUCUUCGUUACAUCAAGAUACAUCUAAUGCACAGUUACAGACUAAUCAAGAUUUUAUUACACGAUAUUUGUACAGAGAAGUUUUAUCUAAUUCUUAAUUGAACCACGGUGAACUCGCGUGGCGUUCCAUCGGAUAUGGUAAGAAAAAUAGGAAAAAAGAAAAAAACAAUACGUAUUCGAUGAGAACGCAAACAAGAAUCAAUUACGUAACACGGACCAAAGAAAAAAGGAUACUUUGCAAAAUAUUUGUCGUUGACUUUUGAAUACUUUAUGCAAAACGCCCCUUGGGGUGAUUACACGUUCGAAUUUUCUUCGCGCACGGUCUACACGGGUCCAAAAUGAGAGAGACGAAUCGUUGAUCAUAUUUAUCGAAAACGUUACGUUAUCCGAUAUAUAACUCUCUAAGUGACGAGAUCGAGACCAGUGGAAAAAUUGAAAUCUCUUCAUUUAGGGAGGUACCUCUAUUAACGCCAUAGUCUUGGAAGUUUUCCUUCUCUCAGGCCUAAGUUCUUCGCAUUAAUUAAUUCACGCAUGAUUCAUAAUGAUUGCAGUUAAAUCUCGUUAGACAAUGACCUGGUCGUUUCCGAAACGCUGCGAAUCGAUGCGAACCUCAUGAAGUCUGCUCCCAAAUUGUACGGAACCGCGAAGUUACAGGUGAUUACCGUGAAGUGAAAAAUAAUAUAAAGGACACGCUAACGAGAUUUAAACGCUUGGAAGUAUGACGCCAUUCAUAAAUAAUUUGGGAGUCUUGAUGAGGUAGAUCGACGUAUUCAGACGGUUAAUCUUUCAGAUUACUCGCGUUUAUCGCAAUGGAUUCGAGACCGUUCGAGCCCUUGAACGGACCGGAAAUUAUUUAUGAAUGGACAGAAAAAUCAGAACGCUUCUUCCAUAUGGUAUCUGAAGGAUUAUCGUUCUUUUUUAUUCUUCUUUUUAGAAACGGACCAGGUUGGAUGAAUGCAACAGAGCCCCGUUGAUUAGGAUGUCGAAAGCAAUACACCUGCGCGAACGGGCCGAAAGCUCACUAUUUCUCUGAAUCUUUUAAAACUAACAUUCAAUGUACACGCGCAAUCCCCAUAAAACAGCAGAUUUUUAUUUUCUAACUGGAAGAAAAAUCGGGGAUCGUGACGCAGCGAUUGAAAUCCGAUUUCGUCGUUAAACUUCCAAUUUCCAAAGGAAGUCAUCGUUUUACCUAACUGUACAGUAUGAAAAGAAAUUAUUUUCAACAGGGGAUGAUUCCCAAGAGGGGUGCAGUAGCCUCCCUGUUUUUCUCCCUCUAUAAAAGUCGUAUAAAAGGUCAAUGUACACCUUGGAAGAUAUUUGAAGAGAAACUGUAAAUGUUCCAGUGCAAUUGAUGUUACGACUUAGUCGAAACUCAAAGGUAUAUUUAAUAGUUAUGUUAGCGGAACGAUAAAACGAUUCGAUCUUUCUGAAUGGCGAAUCUAAACGUUAGAGAAACCAGGACGUUCAGUUUGGAAACUGUUCCACAUUGUCGAAGAAAUGAUAAUGUGAUUUGACUGCAAUUCAAAUUUUAUCAGUAUACAAAACGACUUACGUGUAUAACGUAGAUUGGAUAAUUAAUGGAGCACAAGAUUUUUUUGUUACACGUGCGUCUCAAUUUCACCAUUCUACGUGUACAUGAUGGUUACAGAGAUUUUACGAGUAUUUCUGUUGAAUCGUUUCUGGCAUAAUCAUCGCGCUCAUUCAGAUAUUUUUUACUGUAAUUCUUCGAUUGACUGUCGCGUGAAAAAAUGCUCGAUUAUAAUAUUAUUAUUAUACGAUAUACAUGUAUAGUCUUAUCGAACUGUUGAAGAAAGUAUCAUAUAUAUGUAUGUUAGAAUAUGGAGAUAUAUUUAUUUUUGAGUUUUUAAAUUAUAAAAUUCGUUAAAAAGUCAUAUAUUGUAUCUGUUAUUAAUAACCUUGGGCUUGCCGAAAGGGAUUCGCGCUCUCAAAUAAACUAACAAUAAGAGAUCGAAUCAACAAAUGUUCACCAAUGUUCAUCGUGUUAACGAGUUAAGAAAUAUCACGAUGAUUUGCUUUCGAGAUUCAACGUCGAGUGAUCGUGUUUUUGCACAACUUUACACGAAAGUUUUACGAACAAUUUUGUUUGAAAUAUUAAAUGAUGACACGUACAAUUCUCUAAAGAAAUACGUAUAUUUAAUACAUCAUAGAUGCCUGCGGCGAUUAUGAAAAUAUGUAGUACAAAUGAAAUACAAGUGUAUUAAAAAAUCAAAUAAACUUAGCUACAAU